AUGGAUUCUCCCUCUUUUACAAUUUUUGAUUUAUCUUUAAAAUCCUCAAACGAUUUUUAUAGGGAUAUAAGUAAUGAGUCUAAUUUAGAAUCAAACGAAACACCAUCACUUGUUGAAACAUUUUUAGACAUGUCUUUAAAAGAUACAGAAACAAGUAAUAUAUUUGAUACAAACUACGAGCAUGAAAAGUCUGAAAACUUUUUUACACCAGAAACAACACCUUUUAAAGCUCAACCUUCUAAUAUUAUUUCUCCUAUUGAAAGACAAGAAUUAAAAAUACCUGAUACACUUGUAAUUUUACAUGAAAGCUGCGUAAAGCAUGAGUUUGAGAGGAAUAAACGUGAUUUAAAGUAUAUAGUUGAACGACCUAGAAGAUAUAGAGCAGCAAUAAUCGGUUUAUAUAUUUCACAUCUUAAAUAUAUACUAAUUUCAAAUAUAGGGGCAUUAUCAGCAAAAGCUCAUCUUGAUAUGGAAUUAGAAUUUAAUUCAUUUAAUAUUUAUCAGUCAACAAGACUUAUACCUAUUAUUAACAAUCCUGUUAUUGAAUUCGUACAUGGCGAAAAUUGGCCUCUAGAACUCUACAAACUUUGUAAGAAUGCACAUAAAGCAAUUACAGAAGGGGAAACAGAGAUUCCUGGAGAUAAAUAUCACACCGGUGACCUUUAUCUUGGGCAUACUUCUCUUGAAGCAUUUGAGGGGUGCUUAGGUGCUAUAUACGAUGGAAUUGAUCGUUGUUUAGCCCAAUCUUCUAAUGUUAAGAAUGUACAUGUUCUUCUUCGUCCUCCAGGUCAUCACUGUUCUAGAGAAACACCUUCAGGGUUUUGUCUCUUAAAUAAUGCAUUAAUUGCAAUAUCUUACGCUCAUAAAACAUAUGGGAUUACUCAUUUUGCAAUCUUAGAUUUUGAUCUUCACCAUGGCGACGGCUCACAAGAAAUUUCAUGGAGGAUUAAUCAGGAAACAGAUCUUAAUCUUAACAUAGGAUAUUUUUCUUUACAUGAUAUUUACUCAUUUCCAUGCGAAGGUCCAUUCUCUACAGUGCAAUCUAAAAUAAAAGAUGCAAGCAUAUGUAUUAUGAAUCACAACCAGGCUAUUUGGAAUAUUCAUAUAGAAAAAUAUGAUACAAUUGAAGAAUUUGAAAAAAUAUAUAAUAAUUCUUAUAUAAAAUUAUUAACAAAAGCGGACGAUUUUUUCAAAAAUAGUAACGCUUUACCUGAACAAUGUCUUUUAGUUAUAAGUGCAGGAUUUGAUGGCUCAGAAUUUGAAAGCGAGCAUAUGCAACGACAUGGAUACCAUUUACCUACCUUGUUUUAUUGGAAAUUCUCUAAAGACGCACUCUCAUUGUCCAAAAAAAGAUGUUGUUCCCGCAUUUUUAGUAUUAUGGAAGGAGGAUACUCUGAUAGGGCUAUUGCCUCUGGAACUUUUGCAUUAUUAUGUGGGUUAACAAAUGUUAAUGAAAAAGAUAUAGAUAUGUGUGAAUUUUUGUGGAAAAUGGAACAUUUUUCUUGUAUAGACAAAGCAAUUUCUAAGGGUACUGUAUCUCGACUUCCGAAAACUUUUUUACAUGAUAAACAAAUUAAUUGGAUAAAAAACAUCAUAAAAAUGGCACAGCAAUAUACAUCAAUUCUGAACCCAAAAAACAGUCUUAUUAUAACGUCAGAGGAUAAAAUGACACUUCGAGAACGCAAAAAACCAGUUGAUUCUACCAUUAUAACUUCGCUUAUCGAUCGUAUUGAAAAAAUAGAAUUAGAUAAAACUAUAAAAUUACCACUUAUUAAGAAUGAGCAUAUAUAG